UCAGGAAAAGCGGCUUGCCCGUUUGCUGGAACCCCUGUCUCAAUGGAUAUUACAAGGGGGAGCUUGGAUAAAAUUUCAAGGCCUGCAUCUAGCUCAAGAGUGUAUCCUACUUGUAGAUCUUUAAGUGCAUCUUUGGAGGUGUUGACACCACAGCUGUGUUUGCCAAAGGUUGGUUCACCUGUCAGUUUGACCAGUAACCAGCAAAGACACUGCUGUCCAGAGGAAAAUAAAGAUGAGGAUGGGGAAAAGUCUGGCAUCACGAGAAUAAAAACAGCUAAGCAAACUUCAGUGGAAAAUAUUACCUUCGCUCUUCAGGAGUUUAUACAGAAUCCUAAUGAGCUGUCAGGAUCUAUCUGUAAUUCGGAUUCUGGGGAUGAUAGUGUUGAAAAGACUUCCAAAUUCUGUGAACCUUCCCAAGGAAAAAAAAAAACAAACUCCUCCAACUUAGAAGAUUCUGAACAGGCAGCUGUAGAUACUCUGAUUCAAGCAGCAAUAAAGAAGAUGAAUAAACUGGACACAAUACUAGCAAAAAAGCACUUAAAAGAGAGAGCAAUUAAAAAACAAGGCAAAGAAAUGAGAGCAAAGCUCUGGGAAGAACUUCAGUCUGUCAGUACUUCUGGAAGUCAUGAGGAGAUAGAAAACACAAAACACUUUUUAGCCUUGAUCUCAUCAUGGCAGGAUGCAACUGAGCCCUUCCACAUUAAAGAAGAUGAAAUAUGUAUUUCAGUAUUUCACACACAAAUUAAUCCAGAAGAUUAUGAUUGUCGCAAAAACCAUCGUAAUCAGGAUUGUCCAAAGGAAAUAAAAACAAAUGAAUUUCUGAAUCAGGCAGAAAAAACACAAAAUAAAAGCAAAAGCAGCCAGGAUUUCAUUAGAAAGAAUAUUGAGCUGGCAAAGGAUUCUGGAAACCAGGUUGCUUUGCUUGAGGAAGAAAAGAAGAGGUUGAUUGAGCUAUUGAAAGAUAUGGAAGAUGGAAGUGAAUUGCAGGGUUUUGAGGAAGAUGCGUCUGGCUGGCUAGUACCAGGAGAAGGGUACACACCUGAACCAAUGGAAUUUCAUCACUUGAGUGAAAUAGAUACUAAGCUUCAAGUGCUCUCUAAUGGGGAUUUUUCUGCAAGUCGCAGCUCUUGCUCAAAAUCUCCAAGCCAGAUUUAUCAGGAGUCUCUGGCUUAUGCAAACAGAAAACUAGAAGUGGUUCCAGGUGAGAAAGUUCUGCGAUAUAAUAAGGAGCACCGGGAUCAGCAAAACCGUCUGAAAGAAAUAGAUCAUCAGCUGAAAUCCCUGGAGGAAAGUCUGACUGAAGAACAAAUGGGCCUCUCUGAAGAGCAGCUUAAGAUCCUUCUGGAAGAAUGUGUGCCAGCCCUGAGAACAAUGAGCAACGUUACCAUGCCAAAAUCUCAGGAAUUUCUUUCUUGUGGAUUAAGUCCGCCUUGUUACACAAGUCAAGAUCCUGUUCUUCACUCCCCAUCUACUCUUUCCAAAAUGUUAGUUGAAGACCAUAUUGUAGGGAUGUUAACAGCCCAGGAAAAGGCAGGCCCGGAAGACAGAAGUGUAUGUAUGAAUGCCAAGAAUGAAAACCCUGGGUGCUACUAUCUUAGCAAAGCAUUGGUUGAUAGUCAUUUAUCAAAGGAUUCACUGGCCCAAACAGAGGAACCUGAUGACCAAGGAGGUUUACCAAAGACGGGACAUGAGAGUGUUGCUGAAGGUUACUUUAUGUCAAGAGCCCUCAGCACAAAAAAGCUGAAGAAACCUGCUUUCUUGAGCGAGCCAUUAUAUUGCAUCAGCAGGCACAAAGAGCCGGCCCGCGAGGCUGACAUUCCCAGCAUACCACUGCCCAGCCAGGGAGGUGAGGCUCUCCACAGCACUUCACAAUGGGCUUUUGAUUGUGGGGAAAACCAAGCAGGAUCUCACCAAAGGAGAACAAAUAGUCUCCUGAUAGUUGAAAUGACAAUUCAACAGAAAUUCAGCAGUGUUUCCUGA